CCCCACUAGAAGCGUACCCUCUUCAAUCUCAAUUCAAUUUUCAGCACAUCUCCGUCUCCAUUUACCUCGUCGGACGCCGUCGCCUCCCGCCGCAAGCUCGCCCUUGGAUACUGCCUCCGGUCAUCGCCUUUCUCAGUUUUUUUCUCUCUUUACCUUCUAUUUUGUGGCAGAGCCAAAGCCAAAUUCCAGCCAUAAUUUAUCUUCAGCUCAAUCGUUGUGUGACGUUAUCCGAGGCAUAGAGUAGAUAUUUAUAGUUACAGUGAGUGCAAACCAGAAGGCUACCAUCUAAAAUUGUUGAUCUAGCUUGGGAAAAACGAAAAAGUUAGCAUUUGGGUGAGGCAUGGCGUACGGUGGUCCUGCCACGGUGGCUGGCUCAGCUUCGACUUCGUCUGUCAGACAGGUUAAGCUGGAUAGGGAGAGCGAGCUCAGGAUUGAAGUUGGAAACGACUCGCCUCUCCGUUUACGGCUGCUCUCUGGCAAUGCUGAGAUCUUUGGCACAGAGCUUCCUCCUGAAAUAUGGCUCACUUUACCACCAAGGCUGAAAAUUGCUGUCUUCACUUGGUAUGGAGCCACGCUUGAAAUGGAUGGUGCGACUGAAACUGAUUAUACGGCAGAUGAGACACCCAUGAUCGGUUAUGUGAAUGUCCAUGCCAUUCUUGAAGCACGAAGAAGCCGUGCUAGAGCUUCAUCAGCUGAUGACUCCGGUUCUACACAGGGUCCAAGGGUCAUUGUUGUGGGGCCUACCGAUUCAGGGAAGAGCACCUUGUCAAGGAUGCUUCUUAGUUGGGCUGCAAAACAGGGUUGGAAGCCUACAUUUGUGGAUUUGGAUAUUGGCCAAGGAUCUAUAACAAUUCCUGGAUGCAUUGCUGCUACCCCUAUCGAGUUGCCCAUUGAUCCUGUGGAAGGCAUCCCUCUCGAAAUGCCCCUGGUUUACUUUUAUGGACACACAACUCCAAGCAAUAACGUUGAUCUGUACAAAGUGCUUGUGAAGGAGCUUGCCCAAGUGCUGGAGAGGCAAUUUACUGGCAAUGCAGAAUCCCGAGCUGCAGGUAUGGUUAUCAACACAAUGGGAUGGAUCGAGGGUGUAGGCUAUGAGCUGCUUCUACAUGCUAUCGAUACACUCAAUGCUAAUGUUGUCCUGGUUUUGGGUCAGGAGAAGCUUUGGAGCAUGCUCAAAGAUGUACUAAAGAAUAAGCCUUACGUAGAUGUUGUGAAACUUCAAAAGUCAGGUGGUGUUGUAUCCAGAAACGCUAAAUAUCGUCAGAAGGCCAGGAGUUACAGAAUAAGGGAAUAUUUUUAUGGACCUGCAAAUGAUCUCUCACCCCACUCAAACAUCGCAAACUUCAGCGAUCUGUUUAUUUAUCGCAUUGGAGGUGGGCCACAGGCCCCGCGUUCAGCUCUGCCAAUUGGUGCAGAACCGGCUGCAGAUCCCACAAGAUUAGUGCCUGUCAAUAUUAAUCGGGAUUUGCUCCAUUUGGUUCUUGCUGUUUCAUUUGCUAAAGAACCUGAUGAAAUUAUCUCAAGCAAUGUUGCUGGAUUUGUGUAUAUUACUGAUAUCGACAUCCAAAGGAAGAAAAUUACAUAUCUAGCGCCAUCGGCAGGGGAUCUUCCUGGCAAAUAUUUGAUCGUGGGAACUUUGACCUGGAUUGAGACCUGAAAAUCCAAUCCCACCACUUGAUCAUUAUUCUUUUUGUUUGUGACACAGGGGACAGAGAGUAAAAGAGGAACCAUAAAUUAUCUUUGAGGACAAAAAUUUAACUGUAGGCAUUAGAUGUGAAUAGAUAAAGUCCAGGAAUAUGUGUGAUGUGCAAUAUCAUUUAUGGGAGUGAAUUUUAUAAACUCGGAAAAAACUAAGACCUAUUUCGAAUUAGGCAGAACAUUUUGAUUUCAAAUAGAGAUGAGGAUGGAGGUUGAGAAUGCAUUAUUUGA